AUGCAUCUAGAUGUAGGUGAACAGCGACAAUCAAGUCGAUUGGAUUGGGCUGAAUCGUCAUGUGUAAGAUGGAUACAACUACCACUAUUGCUAUGGAUAACGCCUCUUCUUUCACUGGGUAAUAAGCGCACACUUGUUGAAAGCGAUCUUAAUGAUCUUUCUGUCAAUGAUAAAUGUUCAGUCUUAUUGAAUAGAGUGAAUCGGUAUAGUUCUAAAUGGCCAGGUACAUGGCACGUAUUCAUACGAACCUUUUAUAAAGAUUUUCUUUUAAGCAUAUUUCUCGCUUUUCCACUUAUUAUGGCUCAUAUUGCACAACCAUUGCUUAUUCGUCAAAUUAUUCUCUACAUUAAAGGUGAAUCAGUAUUACCUGCUUACGCGGGUUAUCUAUUUGCUAGUGCUCUGUGUAUUACUGCAAUCUUACAAGCCAUUAUUCAUCAACAAAUCUUCUUUCGAAACGCUCGCAUAGGCAUGCGUGUUCGAAAUACAUUAUCAUCUAGCAUAUAUAAACACUUGUUAACUAUUAGUACCGAGGCUCUUCAUAAGACAACAGCUGCUCAGACAAUUAAUUUAGUAGCAAAUGAUGCCAGUAAAUUUGAGGAAUUAACCAUGUUCGUACAUACUAUAGUGUUGAUACCUCUGGAAGCGCUGAUAACGUUUGGUCUCGUUUGGUGGUAUAUCGGUUUACCAACAAUAUUUGGUUAUGCAGUUCUAAUUUUAUUAAUACCAAUGCAAUUCAUUUUCAGUAGGCAAUUUAGUCGAUACAGAAAGACCACAAUGGCAUGUACUGACAAGCGCGUGCAAACGAUCAAUGAAAUUGUCAACGGAUGUCAAAUUAUUAAAAUGUAUAAUUGGGAAAAAGCCAUGGAGCAACGAGUAUAUGAAACGCGUCGAAAUGAACUUUCGAGUAUAUACAAAGCGAGCUGUUUGAGAGCUCUCAAUACAGCUCUUUCAUUCGCAGCGUUACCUUUAAUUUCUCUUGCUAUAUUCGGUGGCAUUUGGUUAAUGGGUCGAACUCUACUUCCAGAAGAUAUAUUCGCAACACUAGCCUUCUUCGUCAUGGUUCGAGUUCCAGUAACAGUUACAAUGCCGCAGGUCAUUGAAAAAUUUAGUGAAGCUCGUGUUUCUGCAAGAAGAAUCAAUCAAUUUAUGCAAUUGAAUAUUUUGUCGAAGAAACGUGACAAAGUAAAAAACGAAAAUGAAGAUCAUGCACUCAUAAUGGAAGAUGCAUCAUUCUCUUGGAAAGAUAUUUCUACUUUAUUCUCUCUGAAUCUCAAAAUCAAACGAGCUAGUUUGGUUGGAGUGAAAGGUAUCACCGGUUCUGGCAAGUCAACUUUACUGGCUGCAAUUCUAGGCGAGAUCAAUCUUGUCAGUGGAAAAUUAGAACUAAAUGUUAAUUCGAUUUCGUAUGCUCCCCAAUCGGCGUGGAUAUUUGCUGAUACAAUUCGAGCUAAUAUUCUUUUUGGUAAACCAAUGGAUGAAGAACGUUAUAAAAAUGUAAUAAAGGCAUGUUGUCUUAAUAUCGAUCUACAAAAUAUUGGUGAAGCCGGUGAUUUAUUGGUUCUUGGUGACAAAGGUGUCAAUUUAAGUGGAGGACAAAAGGCUCGAAUAUCACUGGCACGUGCUCUUUACACUGAUGCUGAAUUAUAUUUAUUUGACGAUCCACUUGCUGUUGUUGAUCCAAAAGUAGCAAAAAACAUUUUUGAUCAAUGCAUUGGUCCUCGCAGUCUUCUUUGUGGUAAGACUCGAAUAUUAGUUACGCAUCAGACACAUUUUUUAGUUGAAACCGAUCAAACAAUUCUCUUGACAAAUGGUCACGUCGAUGUGUCAUAUAAUGAACAACAAACAACAAUUGGGUCAUCGAAUGAUGUAUCCGAUACACUUUCAUCUAACGACAAUGAGCUAGAAUCGAUACUUGAUACCGCUAUAACUGAUACAAACUCUAUUGUAAAGAGUGAGAUAUCAGUUGACGGUGAUAUCAAAUGGAGUGUUUGGCUAAAACUAUUUACUUCGCCACCUUUACAUUGGUUUGGCUUGUUUCUAAUGAUUAUUUUUAUGUUUGGUAAUGAAGCUUUGUAUGAUUUUUCAAAUCGAUGGUUAGCUUUGUGGUCUGGUAAAGAUAAAAUCGAACAACGAUCACCGUUUUAUGCUUACAUCUAUGUUGGAGCUAUAGGCUUAACGUUGAUCGUUGCAUUUUUACGUGUCGGCAUUAUUUUCUAUAUUAUGUUACAUGGUUCAACAUAUUUUCACAAUAAAAUGCUCAAAAGUAUCUUGCAUACUUCGUUACGAUUCUUUGAAAGUAAUCCCAGUGGACGUAUAUUGAAUAGAGCGAGUAAAGAUCAACAAGUGUUAGAUGAAUCGUUGCCUAUAGCUUUAAUUGAUACUACACAAUAUCUACUAAUGACAAUUGGUUCUAUCACAAUCAUUGGAAUGACCAACAAAUGGGUGCUUCUAGUUCUCAUUCCUUUGGUCCCUGCAGUUUUGUGGCUUCGUCGAUUUUAUGUGCGUUCAAGCCGUCAACUCAAACGACUUGAAAGUGUGACGCGAAGUCCUAUUUAUACAUUGUUCUCAUCAUCAUUAGAUGGACUGACUAGUAUUCGUGCGUUUGACGUUCAAAGCGAUUUUUUAAAUAAGUUCAUCGAAAAAAUUGAUACUAACUCGCGAGCUUACUUCCUUUUGUUCGCCACUGCACGUUGGUUUGGUUUACGACUCGAUAUUCUGGCAUCCUUACUCACUUUAGUUACUGCGAUUCUUGCUGUAUUUUUGCGUCAUCAAAUUGAUCCAUCAGCAGCAGCACUUAGUAUCAGUUAUUGCAUCACUCUAACAGGUCUCUUUCAAUGGGCUAUACGACAAUCAGCGGAAGCUGAAAAUUUCAUGACCAGUGCAGAACGUAUUCAUGAAUAUGGUCAACUGGUACCAGAAAGUCACCGAGACACGAAUGACAACGAUGCUCUCAUUCAACCACCAAAUGAUUGGCCUUCUCGUGGUAUUAUCGAAUUUAAAGACUAUACUUUUCGCUAUCGGUCAGAACUCGAUCCUGUACUCAAAAAUCUAAACCUACGAAUUGAAUCCAAGGAAAAAAUCGGAGUUAUUGGUCGAACAGGUGCCGGAAAGUCAUCACUGUUUCAAGCUCUCUUUCGACUGGCUGAUCAGUCAGCAAUUAACGGAACUAUUCACAUUGAUGACAUCGAUAUUGGUCGUCUUUCACUGGAUCAUCUUCGUUCUCGUCUAAGUGUUAUUCCACAACUACCCAUACUAUUCAGCGGUACACUUCGAUACAACAUUGAUCCAUUCGAACAAUACUCCGAUGAAGAAUGCUUCAUGGCAUUGGAAGCUGUUCAACUGAAACAAUUGGUGCGCCAACAUCCCGAUGGGCUUCAUCUAUUGGUGGCGGAAGCAGGUACUAAUUUGAGUGCUGGUGAACGACAACUAAUUUGUGUAGCUCGAGCAAUUCUAAAGAAGAGCAACAUAUUGCUAAUUGAUGAGGCUACAGCGAAUGUUGACCAUGCGACCGAUAAGAUGAUUCAAGAGGUGAUUGCUGACAAGUUUCGUGAUCGUACCAUAUUAACAAUUGCCCAUCGAUUGAAUACAGUAGCUGGUAGUGAUCGUAUUCUUAUGUUACAGCAUGGAGAGAUUGUCUAUUUCGAAGUACCAAAUAAUAUGAGUCUAAAUUAA